AUGGUGGCUGGUCUGGCUGGCCCCGUUGGUCAGCUUGCCGUUCGAAUGAUUGUGCAGCAGGAACUUGGCGCGGAGGCGUUAGGUAAUUUUCAGGCUGCCUGGAUGAUUUCGGCUAUGUAUAUCGGCUUCGUACUGGGCGCUAUGGGUGCGGACUAUUAUCCGCGCCUCACCGCGGCGAUUCGCGAUUCUGCAGCCACCAAUCAGUUGGUGAACGAGCAGGCAGAGGUAGCGUUGUUGCUGGCUGCCCCAGUGCUGGUGACCAUGUUAGGCCUUGCACCGUGGGUGAUCGAAUUACUGUUUUCGAACCAGUUUAAAGAAGCCGCUGAAGUGUUCCGUUGGCAAGUGUUGGCGGAUGUUCUAAAAGUAGCAUCAUGGCCAUUGGGUAUCGUUAUUCUGGCGUCCGGUGAAGGCCGUUUGGUAAUGCUGAUUGAAUUCAUCGCGAUGCUGGUGUUAGUCGGAUUGACUUGGGUGCUUCUGCCAUUUUUUGAUAUUGAAGCCACUGGCAUUGCUUCUCUCGGCAAGUAUGCGGUUUUUUUGUCCAUGGUGUACUGGCUUGCUCGACGCAGAACCGGUUUUAAAUGGCAGACGCGUGUCUAUAGGCAGUUGGCUCUGUUGAUGGUUAUUACGAUCAUGGUAUUCAUUUCUGGUGUUUGGUCUAAGUGGCUUGGCGCCGGGUUGGGUAUUCCAGCGGCAGCUUUACUGGGCUUGUAUGCGUUGGCGCGCAUAGGACGGAUGACAACGCUCAGUGGAUUCGCAGAUCGUAUGGCAGGUUUGAGUCGUCGCUUGAUGACGAAGUUGGGUGUAUGGGAUGAGUAA